AUGGAUUCAUAUGAAGUGAAUACGGAGAUUCCAACAGGGGAAUCAGCAGUUGAAGAAAUUGAUAUCAUUAGCACAUUACAUGAAAGCAUUCUCGGUCACAUCCUAUCUUUCAUUCCAAUCAUAGACGCCGUUCACACUAGCGUCCUAUCAAAAAGAUGGAUUGAAGUUUGGACAUCAAUAACAAGCCUAAAGUUUGAUGAUAGUUUGCUUCAUUAUGAAAAGAAGUUGCAAAAACAACAGUUUGUGAAUUUUGUUGAGAAAGUACUUUUUCAAUUUACUAAUUCAAGCAUCCAAAGUUUCUCUCUUUGCUUAACUAGUUAUCAAUAUGAUGCAUCUCUGAUAACUGCAUGGAUUUCAUUUAUCUUAGAAUCAAGAAUUCAGAAGCUUCAUAUUCAGUAUGCUGAUAAAGUUUUCCUUUCUUCGAGUUUACUCUUUACUUGCGAUUCUCUAAUAGAAUUGGUGCUUCAAAUGAAAUGUACUCUUAGUCUUCCCAUAUCCUCUUCUCUCCCAAAUCUUCAAAAAUUUAGCAUAUCUGGGAUUAAAUUAGUAAGUGAUUCUUCCGAUUCCUCAAAAGAUAUAACUCUUAGUUUCCCAAUUCUUAGAGUGUUUGAAGCUAGAGGGUGUGAAUGGUCAACUAAGCAGAACAUUAGUUUACAAGUGCCUUUACUUGAGAGGUUUUCGAUUGCUAUAUGGAACCGUCAAUCGAAUGAAUCAUGUAAUUUUUCCAUCAAGGUUUAUAGUCGAUGUCUAACGGAUUUCUGUUAUGAGGGUGAUCUCGAACAGGAUAUCAUUCUAUGUGAUUCUCCAUCGAUUCGUAAUGCUUCUAUUGUUAUUGUUAUGGAUGAAGACAAGGAGGACAGAAUGGAAAAACUUGGGUUUCAAGCCAGUAAUCUUUUCAGACAAAUCCGUAAUGUGGAACGACUGAAAUUAUUGUUUUACAAGGUUUUUAGGCAUGCUAAAGAUAUUUUCACCAAUAUGCCCGUCUUUGGAAGGUUGAGAUAUCUGGAACUAAAUGAAGUCAAUGGCAUAGCUUUGUUGCAAUUACUCAAUAAUUCGCCAAUUCUUAAUACUCUUGUUUUGCUUAAUGGAGUAGCUGACUUAGAUAAAGAUGUCUUUACUUCUGCAGCGGUGCCUCACUGCUUUCUGUCAAGCCUCAAUGUAAUUCGGUUUAAAGGUUUUAAUGCAAACGAGCAUGAUCUCUGUCUGGUAAAAUUCAUGUUAGCAAAUGCAGCAAUGUUGCAGAAGAUGACGAUCUCGCCAGCAUUUUGGCUGCGAUAUGCAGAUAUUGAUUUGGAAAACGUUAAGGAGCAGAUACUCUCAGCACCAAUGUGUUCUAGCUUUUGCAAGAUAGAGUUUUCUGAUAUCAGAAGUUGA